AUGGAUAUUCUUCGGUUGGAUUCGCGACCAAUUGAUGCUUUCUUUGGUCCUGAACUACCGUCUACAGAGGCCUAUGAUAGUCUGCGGGCAUUACUCUACCAGCUUUUUGACUUUCUCACUUAUAAUGAUGCCACCCUGACACGUUCUGCACGCCGCAGAGCAGAAAAUGUGAGUAAUAAUUCUCGUUUUGACCCUCUUCCAAACAGGAAUGCAGCUACAUUAUAUGGCCUCAGCACUGAUGAAGAUAAACUUAAAGACCAACUAUUGACUAAUAAGAAUUUCAACAAGGUGCACCUCAGCUCGUGGGAGUUUUUUCGAUGGGGUUUCAAGUGUGCGGAUCGCCAGGAUGAAAAGCCUUAUCUUGUGAGCUGGAGAAUUUGGAAAAAUCUGCUGCAUUUGUUUCUAGACUUUUACUGGUACGACUUCGGGCGGCAAGAAUACUCUGGUGACUCAAAUGGCCGACUCGAAAACAUUAAAUCAACGCUCAUCUACCAGGCGAUUUUUGCGUUGAAUGAACAUACCAUGAAGGCUGCUUCAACGGAGUUGAUAGACAUAGCAUUCACCUCAAAGGAUUCCUUUUCUGCUCCCAUUUUUGUCAACGAAUUGAGACUUCUCAAAACAGCAGUGAUACCUAGCGAAACCAAGAACGAGGGCGAGCCAUCAGAUUCGAUACCACUUAGGCGCUCUCUACUUUGUUUGUGCUACUGCGUUCUGAAGCAAUUGUCCCAAAAUCAAUCCGAGAAGCUGAUUGAGGACUUCGCGGUGGAUGUGGGAGAGAGAUUGAUUUCACGGGGCAAUGCUGAUGUACUUGAAUUCUUUACAACUUCUGAUCCUGCGCAAGAUGAAAUGCUAUUGAUUGUUAGCGUCAAUCUUAUGGAACAGAUUACACAUGACGAUGUGGAUUACGCCGAACCCUACUCCUGGUUUUUCAGUUCUGCCUCAAUCGAUGAUUCAUUCUUGAGUUUCAUACUUACAGCCGAACCAGACUUUGUGAAACAUAGUACACCCAAUAGAUUGUUGGCUCAUCGUUCUCGUCUUGAGCUGAUGAACCUCCUGAUAAAUUUCCAAUUAUCAUUAUGGGUGAAAAAUAAUUGGUAUAACUUACCACAGCAAAGAAGGAAAGACACAGCCACAAAAAUAUUGUACGCCCUGGGAUCGAUGGACGACAACCGAAGACAGAGCAUUGAAGAAGUGUAUAAAGAAUGCAAGCUCAGAAAUCUCGUCACGAAGGCAGAGACGGAAAAAUAUCUCGAGGGGAGCUUGUUUUUGACAAGACUACAGGACAUCUAUAGAAUCAAAUUAAUGUAA